AUGAAAGCUGUUACAAUUAAUGAAAAAGAAAAAGAAAAACUCAUUGGUUAUAAUUGUAUAUAUCGAUAUGGAACAUAUGAAUUUAAACUUGAAUAUAGUAUAUUAACUGCAAAGUGGACAAUAGUGAAUGAUAAACAUCAUUCAGAAGAAGUAGAAAAACAAUUAAAUACAUACAUAACUCGUAUUAAUGAGCUUUCAUGGGUCGAUAUGGGUUAUACACUCGAUGAACGAAUUCAACAUGUUUUAAGAUCAUUCGAUGGUUAUCUCUCUGGUUUCAAAGCCGAAAAUAAUGAACAUCAACUACAAGAAAACUCUAAUUCUUCAGAGAAAAAUGUAGUUGAUAAUGGUUGUCAUUCAUUAACAACACCAUCAGUUGUACCACAUCGUAAUCAUCAAAAUAAUGAAUAUAGUACACGAAGUAGUGUACAAUAUACUUCAUUUAUUCGACCACUAACAGGAGUUGUUCGUCAACGACGUAUCAUCGAAUCAAUUUAUUUACGCAUUCAACGAAAGAAAAAGAAAUUUGAAAAAAUUGUUGAUCUAUUGAAUGGCACAGAAUCAUCAACAAUGUAUGAGUUAGGUUUAGAAUUUUUGCGUGUAUAUGAUGGAAAAUUUAAUUAUCCAGAAGGACAUACUGUAAUAAAACCUAAUCCAGUGCAACAAAAGAAGUCAAAAUCAAAGUCACAAUCACAUCGACAAUAUUAUGAACUCCGACUGAUUCCAGGUUUUCCAAGUUUUGUUUGUCAUAUAAGUUCAACUGGUACCAAGCUCAUUACACAUAAAAUUGUUGAAACCGUACGAAAUUCAUUUGCUGAACAACAAGGUUGA